CGGUAAAGCAAGGGAAGCGACCUCUCUGAGGCGCAUGACUACAGCCGGUAGAAUUAAGGUUUAAAAAGCGUCAACGGAGAAAGUUGGAAAAGUCUGGGAAGUUGCAGAGAGUGUUACGGUGAAGGAAUGGACCAACAGGAGUGGCCAAAUGAAGAAGUCGGACUGGAAGAGGCAGAGUGUCACCAUGACAACAAUGACAGGACCAAUAACAAUCGUGGCAAGACGGUGAGUCCAGCUGCAGGAGAACAUCCUCUCCAGUACAAGUACACCUUCUGGUACAGCAGGAGAACCCCGAGUCGUCCCGCAAGCUCACAAAGUUAUGAACAAAACAUCCGACAGAUUGGCACUGUGGCAUCGGUUGAACAAUUCUGGAAGUUCUAUAGUCAUCUGGUUCGUCCAGGAGACCUGAGUGGACAUAGCGACUUCCACCUGUUCAAGGAGGGAAUCAAGCCCAUGUGGGAGGAUGAGUGUAACCGCAGCGGGGGAAAGUGGAUCAUUCGACUUCGCAAAGGGCUAGCAAGCCGAUUUUGGGAAAACAUCAUUCUAGCCAUGUUGGGGGAGCAGUUCAUGGUGGGGGAGGAAAUUUGCGGUGCCGUCGUGUCAAUACGCUUCCAGGAGGACAUUCUUUCAAUCUGGAACAGGACGUCCAACGAUCAAACCACAACAUCCAGAAUCCGAGACACUUUAAGACGAGUCCUGAACCUUCCUGCCAACACAAUCAUGGAAUACAAGACUCACAACGACAGCCUCAGGGACAAUUCAAGCUUCAGAAAUACAAAGAUUUCUCUCUGACGGUUGUGUCAACUGACUUCAUUCAGGAUGCCAUCAAACUGCUCCCUUUAGUUAUUUUUCUCGAUUUUGGAGUUUCAGCUGAUUGUGUGUGUGUGUGUGUGUGUGUGUGUUUGUGUGUGUGUGUGUGUGUGUGUGCAUGUGUUCAAUGGACCAAUUAAACCCAGUUGACGUCAUUUAACCAA